AUGGGGCUCUUACUGGGCCUACUGCUCUUGAGCCACCUACUGGUGGUCACCUAUGGCCAUCCCAUCCUGAAAGUGCCUGAGAGUGUGGCAGGGCCUUGGAAAGGGGAUGUAAAUAUUCCCUGCACCUAUGGUCCUCUGCAAGGCUAUACACAAGUCUUGGUAAAGUGGCUGGUAGAACGUGGCUCGGGCCCAGUCACCAUCUUUUUACGUGACUCUUCUGGAGACCAUAUCCAGCAAGCAAAGUACCGGGGCCGCCUGCAUGUAAACCACAAGGUUCCAGGAGAUGUGUCCCUCCAACUGAAUACCCUGGAGAUGGAUGACCGGAGCCACUACACGUGUGAAGUCACUUGGCAGACCCCUGAUGGCAACCAAGUCGUGAGAAAUAAGAUCAUUGAACUCCGUGUCCAGAAACUUUCUGUUUCCAAGCCCACAGUGACGACUGGCAGUGACUAUGGCUUCAUCGUACCCCAGGGAAUGAGGAUUAGCCUUCAAUGCCAGGCUCGGGGUUCUCCUCCCAUCAGUUAUGUUUGGUACAAGGAACAGACUAACAACCAAGAACCCAUUAAAGUAGGAGUCUUGAGUACAUUACUCUUCAAGCCUGCAGUGGUGACAGACUCAGGCUCCUAUUUCUGUACUGCCAAGGGCCGGUUAGGCUCUGAGCAGCACAGUGACACUGUGAAGUUUGUGGUCAAAGAUUCCUCAAAGCCACUCGAGACCAAGACUAAGGCACCUCCAACCAUGCAAUCCCCCUUCGAAGCAACAUCCACAGUGAACUCAUCCCAGGGCUGGACCACUGAAGUGGAUGGCUACGUUGGAAAGACAAGUGCUGGGCCAGGAAAUGGCCUGCCCAUCUUUGCCAUAAUUCUCAUCAUCUCCUUCUGCUGUGUUGUGGUCACCACCAUGACUUAUAUCAUGGUCUUCCGGAAGACAUCCCAGCAGGAGCAUGUCUGUGAAGUGGCCAGGGUGCAUGCCGAGGAGGCCAGUGACCCUGGUGAAACCAUGAGUGUGGCCAUCUUCACAAGUGGCUGCUCCAGUGAAGAGCCAGCUUCCCAGACACUGGACAACGACUACUCUGAUGAGCCUUGCCUGGGCCAGGAGUACCAGAUCAUCGCCCAGAUCAAUGGUGACUACACUCCCCUGCUGCACACGGUUCUCCCAGAUUAUGAGCUUCUGGUCACCAAGGGCAAGAGCAGCUGCUAAAAAUGUCCUACUGGGCCAAGGUCUGUUGACAUAAUUGCUUAUUCAUCCCUGGCAUUCUGCAUGGCCCCUUUCCCUGCUAU